AGGUGAAGGCGGAGUCCCGCACGUCCUGCGCUAGCUGGUGGGCGCAUGCGCAGCGCGGGCUCUCCUGGGGCCGGGCAAAAUAGAGGUACCAGGUAUUCAGGCGAAAACUGGCAUAAAUCUUAAAUCGUUCUUUCCACACCACCUCCAAUUCAUCAACAAAUCCUGUACGCUCUACAUUCAAAUAUAUCCAGAAUUCGACCCCUUCCACUGUUAUCACUCCAAGCGAUGGUCCAAGCCACCGUCUUCUCUGCCAGGAUUAUGGCCUUGUGAAGUUUAUGCUUAUGUUUGAUGGGAAAAUUUGUUAGCAGCUUAGCUUAGCUUGGACUUUCUUAAGAAGCAGUCCUCAAAGUGCCAACCCAAUCUGAGUCAUCUGAAGGCUUGACUGGAACCAAAGGAUCCAUUUCCAAAGUAGCUCACUAAUGUGGCUCACAGAUACUAUUACCAUAUGAAGUUGAACAUGGCAGAAGAAGAGGACUAUAUGUCUGAUUCCUUCAUUAAUGUCCAAGAAGAUGUCAGACCAGGAUUGCCCAUGCUGAGGCAAAUCCGGGAAGCCCGUCGAAAAGAAGAAAAGCAACAAGAAGCUAAUUUGAAAAAUAGGCAGAAGAGUUUAAAGGAAGAAGAACAAGAAAGACGUGACAUUGGAUUGAAGAAUGCACUAGGCUCUGAAAACAAAGGGUUUGCUUUGCUCCAAAAAAUGGGAUAUAAAAGUGGUCAGGCUCUUGGAAGGAGUGGAGAUGGUAUUGUUGAACCAAUUCCUCUCAAUGUCAAAACAGGAAAAAGUGGCAUUGGUCAUGAAGCAUUAUUAAAACGGAAAGCAGAGGAAAAAUUAGAAAGUUACAGAAGAAAGAUUCACAUGAAAAAUCAAGCUGAAGAAAAAGCUGCAGAACAAUUUAGAAUGCGACUUAAAAAUAAGCAAGAUGAAAUGAAGCUAGAAGGAGACCUGAGAAGAAGCCAGAGAGCCUGUCAACAAUUGGAUACCCAGAAGAAUAUUCAGGUUCCCAGAGAGGCAUGGUACUGGUUGAGGCCUGAAGAGGAGACUGAAGAGGAAAAGGAAGAAAAAGAACAAGAUGAAGAUGAAUAUGAGAGUGAUGAUUUAACUGUACUGGAAAAAUUACAAAUAUUGACUAAUUAUUUAAGAGAAGAACAUUUGUAUUGUAUUUGGUGUGGAACAGCCUAUGAAGAUAAAGAAGACCUGUCUUCAAAUUGCCCGGGACCAACUUCUGCAGAUCAUGACUAAGAUUAUUCCCAAUAAAGUGGAAACUGUUUAUACCACCAAGGAAAAGGGGCCUUUACUUAAUGCUUUAUUCUUUUGUGCUUUAGAAAUACUUUGUACUUUAGAAUAUAAUUGUUCACUGACUUGAAAAAAAAUAAUGUAAUACUACUCAGAACACAAAUAUCAUAGACAUGGACAAUUACAAUUUAUGGCUAUAUUGUGA